AUGGACUUUUUCAAGCGGUACGGCGCAAUCGGGGCCCAACAGCAACAAUCGCCAUCAGAGACCAUCCAGCGCAUGGCUGACACAGUCGAGACAUCGACGCUUUUGGAAGACAGGCGGGCAGCUGUGCUUGGCCUCAAGGGACUCACGCGCGACUACAGAGAGGAGGUUGGAGACGCUGCGCUUCCCGCGCUGUUAAAGGCGCUGAAGGAGGACAGCGAAGAUCAAAACAUGCUUAAGGCUAUUCUCGAAAUGCUGACCAAUUUUUGCACCCGGAAUUCUCCGAAAGGCGACGCCCUCGACGUGGGCAACGGCUCCAGCGACCCUGUGGCGGACAAGUUCUCACAGGUUAUUCUGGAUGACAAGGACGAUGUGAUAUCAACCUUUUUGGAGCUUCUUGGUGACCCUUACUAUUACGUCCGCUACUACACAGUCCAGCUUCUGGGCGCGUUGCACAAGUACUCUGGUGAGGAGCUGCAGAAGCGCGUCCUCAUCUCGCCCAUGGGUGUUGGUCGGCUGGUCGACUUGCUUUCCGACCAGCAUGAGUUUGUGCGCAUCGAGGGCAUUCAGCUGCUGAUUGCAAUGACCGAGAGCAAUGCCGACAUCCAAAAGAUUGUGGCAUUUGAGAACGCAUUUGACUAUCUGCUGAACAUUGUCAACGAUGAGGGUGGCGCGCGCGGAAACAUUGUUGUCCAGGACUGCCUGCAACUCCUGCACAAUCUGCUUAACUACAACAUUUCGAACCAGAACUUUUUCCGCGAGACAUCAGGCAUCCAAAAGCUGCCCGACUUGCUGAUCACAGAUCCGAGCCAGGCCGCUGCCGGCCGCGGUGGGCAGGCAACAGUCGACAAUGAUGAAGAGCUGGAGUGGACCGCCCAGCACGCACGCAACAUGCUGGUUGUGCUCGACAUUAUUCGUAUGCUCAUUCAGCCGGGCAACACCAACACCGAAUCCAACCAGACAGCGAUGCAGCAGUGCGGCAUUAUCCCGCCACUGUUGCAACUCGCGCUGGCGUACGAGGCACCGUCCAGCGUGCGUUCGCAGGCACUCUACGCAAUCGGAGACAUUAUCAGGUCCCACCACGCCAACCAAAAUCUAUUCCAGCGCAUUCUUAUCACUGCGGCUAUUGACGAUGAUUCUGAGCCCACCGGUGAGAAGAGCAUCCCCGAGCCGGCAAUCGUCAUUGUCAUCCGGUUGUCGGUUGGCAGGAGGCCAACCGUCGUCCCAGCCAAUGAGUACUACAUUGUGCGGGCAGCCGCCGCGUACCUCGUCCAGGCAUAUGUUGGAAACAACGCAGAUGCGCAGCUUGCGCUGGCAGCCACGCUCACGCCGCCCAACGAGCCCAGCUCCGCUCACGAGUCUGAGCUGCAUCAGUCCGCUGGAUCAAUGAUUGUCUCUGUGCUGCUCAACUGGAGCGAGUCCAGUAAGGAGGACCUGUGGCGCGUUUGGUAUGCAUCACUUCUUUUAUCAACCAUUCUCCGUGGCCACAACGAAUGCAAGGAGCAGGCACUCAAAAUCUCACUUGGCGAUGAAAGCAAGGGUGAGGAGCCGCUGCCGCUAAUUAACGAGCUCAUGUCGCAGGCUCGCCAGGCCACUCAGCAGGGUGCUGAUGCGCGCGUAAGCAUUUCACUGCUCACGCUUAUUUGCGUGUGGCUGGUCAACUUUCCCAAGGGCGUAUCUGCCUUUUUAGACGAGUCCUCAAACCUGUCGUUCCUUGUUGAGCAAAUCAACGGCUCAUCCGGUGUCAACACGCUGGUGCAGGGUGUCGCAGCUUUCCUUUUCGGGUUGGUUUACCAAUUCGAUUUGGACGCAGAUUCUCCAAUGUCGCGCGAUACUAUCUACCCCAUUUUGUCCAAGCGCGUGGGCACUGACCAGCUGCAGAUCCGCGUCCAGCGCCUACGCGACUCGAAGGAGUUCCAGUACGCCGUUGGCCUGGCCGCAGGCACCCACUCAAAUGUCUACGGUGGUGUGCCCAUGGAGGUAUAUUUCGACAAUGUCUUUACGGACCUGUUCAAGGCGCACUACGAGAUCUUUCGUGCUGCAGUACGUUUGGGCCCUCACGACGCCAUGGCCAACCCCAGCUAUGCGCAUCUCCAGGGCGGCAUGGUCGGCUAUGCUGGGUCGGCAACUCCGGGAAGCGCACCGGGCACUCCGCAUAUGACCGGCACAACCUUCAGCUCAAGUAAGAAGGAGCAGCAGCAGGCCAGCGUGGUGGAGUCCCUGAAGAAACAGGUGCAGGAGAAGGACGAGCAGAUUGCCAAACUCACGGCCCAGGCAGAGGAGUUUGCGCAAAAGGCCAAGCAGUUGGAGCAGAUGGACGAGCUGAAAGAGAGAAUGGCCGGCUUGGAGAAGGAGCAAGAGGACCUGCUGGUAUACCUGGCAGACCAAGAUCUGCAGGCCAAGGAGUUCCGCGCCAAGUUGCGCAAGUACGGUGAGGACAUUCCAUUGUCGGAUGAG